GCGACACAAUUAUACACACACAAGGGCAAAGCAAAGAACAUAAAAAAACACCGUAAUGCACAAAUAAACUUGACCACGCGAAUCUCGAUUGUCUGCAUAACAGGCCGCAGUGAAGCGCCGACAAUUUGCCAUUAUAAAAGCGCUACCAAACUUGGUAAACGCCAUCAGAAACAAUCAAGUGUUCUAGUCUCAAAAAUAUCAUAGCUAAAAUGUUCAAAUACGUGCUACUCUUCGCUUUCGUCGUCUACGUCUCAGCCUCUGGCAGCGCCGAUGACGCCAAGGCCGAAAUCAAAUCCCAGCACGCCGAUGUCCGCCCCGAUGGUUUCAGUGCUGACCUCGAAACAAGCAACAGCAUUCAUGUCGUGUCAGCUGGUGAUGCCCAAGGCAACAUUAAGGGUGAAUUCGGUUGGGUAUCGCCCGAAGGCACCAACGUCCAAUUAACCUAUGUUGCCGAUGAGAAUGGUUACCAGCCAAAGAGCGAUCUCUUGCCCACUCCACCACCAACUCCAGAAGCCAUCAUCAAGGAGCUCGCGUGGCUCAGCUCUCACCCCCAAAAGGACGCCAAGAACUAAAGCCAAACAAAAUCAUAAAUUAUAUGAUUGGAUGAUGCCGCCGAUAAUUGAAAGAUUAUAUUUAUAUUGAACUAGAACUUGACUUGAUGAUGCUGAUAAGAUGGAAGGCGAUGGGAUUGAAUGGAUAUGUUAUGUGAUACUCGAGUUUUAUUGUUAUACAAAAACAAUGCUAGGCUCGAAGAAACUUUUCCACUUGUUGCCGAUUUUCAGUUUAUAUUUUAUGUUUUUUUAAAUGCAAA